AUGGAAGCCAUCCACCUUGCCUAUGUGCUCGUCUUCCUCUUGCCCGUCGUCUUCCUCCUCCGUCUCCGGCGCCGCGGGCCUCCUCUAACCAAGCGGCCAGCAACAACGACGGCUCACUGCCCGCACCCCCAGCAAAAGCUGGCGUUGCACGCCUUCUUGUCCCGCUCGCUCCGCCGGUUCACUGAUGGCGUCCUCGACGUGCACCUGCGCCGCCUCUUCCUACUACUCUUGGACGCCGCCUCCACGAGGGACGGCGGGGCCGUCGACCUGCAGGACGCGCUGCGCCGGUUCGGGUUCCGCGCCAUCUGCCACGUCGCGUUCAGCAUAGAGAGCGUGGACGGCGGCGUCGACUACCCCGUGAUGCAGGAGGCGCUCUUCGUGGCGUUUGACACGACCAUCGCGAUCUCCUUCCGGCGCGCGCUCACGCAGGCCACGUUCGUGCGGCGGCUCACCAAGCUCCUCGACGUUGGCAAGUCACGCCGGCUCCGGGAGGCCGUCCAUGUCAUCGACGCCUACGCCAUGUCCGUCGUCGAAUCGAAGGCGGCAGCGUGUCAUAGGAACGGCGUCGACGACGGGAGCGCGGACCUGCUGUUGCGGUUCAUGGCGGCCAUGGACGACGACGGCGGCGACGGCGGCAGCGAGCUCGGCGCCAUGUUCCCCACGCCAGCAGCCAAGCUCCGGUUCUUGCGGGACAUGGUCGUCACCUUCGUGCUCGUCGGGAAGGACACGACGUCGUCGGCGCUGACCAGGUUUCUUCGGCUGCUGCUCGCGAACCCACGGUCGCGGCGGCGCGCGCGCACGAGAGGCAGCGCGUCAUUAUCGUGCGAUAGCGAUGGCGAGUGA